AUGCCUCAGUCAAAUGUAAAGCAGUGGGAUGCCACAACUCCAGUUUCCUUAGAUGGUCCAAGCGAUUAUGAAUUAAAGCUUACGGAUGACCUAGGAAAGACACUGAUUGAGUAUGAUUUAUUUGAAACUGCCAAUGAAUCAAGCAAGAGAUCUCAAGUACUGAAAAAGUUGGAUGAAGUUGCAAAAGAAUUUGUGUACAAAGUGAGCAGAUUGCAGGGAAUGCCAGAAGAAGAAGCUAAGGGUGCAGGAGUAAAAAUAUUUACGUUUGGAAGCUAUCAACUGGGUGUACAUGGAGCAGAUGCAGACAUUGACACAUUAUGUGUAUUCCCUCAGCAUGUCACUAGAGAUCACUUCUUUACAAUCAUGUAUGAUAUGUUGAACCAUAUACCCGAAGUGUCUGAGCUUACGGCUGUUGCUGAGGCAUAUGUACCCGUCAUAAAGAUGCACUUUGAAGGAAUUCCGAUUGAUUUUGUAUGUGCUCGUCUAUGUUUACCAAGUAUACCAAAAGAUCUUGACUUAUCGGAUAAUCAACUGUUGAUCGGAAUGGACGAGAAAUGCAUCCGAAGUGUAAAUGGAGCCCGUGUGACGAACGAGAUAUUACGGCUUGUCCCAAGUGUGCCCACAUUCAGAGAAGCACUACGGGCUAUCAAGUUAUGGGCAAAGCAAAGGAGCAUUUAUUCCAAUAUCAUGGGGUUUCUAGGUGGUGUGGCCUGGGCAAUGUUGGUGGCUAAAGUAUGUCAAAUGUAUCCGAAGACAUGUGCAUCAGUAAUUGUAGCCCGAUUCUUUCAUAUUAUGGCUGAUUGGAAAUGGCCACAGCCUGUGUUUUUAAAGCCAAUGGAAGAAGGUUCCGUUCCGACAAGACAGUGGAACCCGGAUGUCUAUCCUGCAGACAGGGCACAUCGAAUGCCAAUCAUUACCCCUGUCUUCCCUUCUAUGUGUGCCACUCAUAAUGUGACAGAUUCUACAAAAAAGAUCAUGAUGAAUGAAUUUCUCAGAGCAAGCCAAAUAGUUGAUGAUAUCAUGUCAGGCGUCCGUCCAUGGAGGGACUUGUUUCAACCCAUAGACUUUUUUUGUAUGUAUAAUCAUUAUUUACAAAUAACCGCAAGUUCAAAAUCUCACAAGACACAAUUACAAUGGGCUGGACUGAUAGAAUCUAAAAUUAGACAAUUGGUACUGCAAUUAGAGCUACUAGAACCACUAGAGCUUGCGCAUUCAUUUAUGCAUGGUAUCGAAAAAGUACACUAUUGUCUAUCAAACGAAGAACAGUGGUAUAUUGCACACGGUCAUUCAAUAGAUGGUAGAUCGUUCCCUAUGGACAAUACCUUGACUAGAAAAGAUUAUGUGCGGAAAAUGAAGCUGACGAUAGAGCAAGAAAGAUCAAUGACUCCUUUGUAUACAACCACCUUUUAUGUUGGAUUAAAAUUCAAGAGUGUAAAAGAUUCGCCUACGAACAAUAGAAAGCUUGAUCUCGUCUGGCCAAAAAGAGAAUUUUUAAAGAUGGCAAAGGUUUGGGAUAAGUUCAAUCCUGAUACAAUGGGUAUUGCUUUAAGGCAUAUCAAGUCUUCUACUUUACCCUCAGAGCUGAAAGGAGCCUUAAAGCAAGAAUAUAUCAAGGUAAGUCAUUGUAUGAUCCUUCAAAUGCAUCCAUAUAACACUUAA